AUGUUUAUCUCCGGGAUACCCUGUUAUCUCUUGUCACUAAAACCCCUUCAUGUCUCUCGUUCAUUCCCUGAAUCCUCUCAUAUUUCUUUGUCUUUUCAAGUUAUUUUAUCAAUUUGCCUUUCUAUAAAACUUUUAGCCUCUGGUAAAUUUCAUUUAAAAAUCUUUGAUCUCCCUUUUAUAGCCGCCCAAAUCCUCUCAAAACAUUUGCUGCCUCAAUUAAGGACAUUACUCUUUUCUUUCAAAUAUAUUGAUCGCUUUAUUAAACUACCACUGACCCUGGUAUUGCUCUUUUUUCAGUUUGCAGGAUCUCUCUGCCACUCUUAAAACUCAAAAACCAUCUUUUGGUAUUUCCAUUGUUGUUUUUUAGAUACCCAAAUCGUCUUUUUUCUCCUCAGAUCCUUCAAAUAAUUACAUUUUUAUCUUUUUAUCCCUUUGUAUCGUUGAUAUCCCUGUCUAGUUUACUGAUCUUUCGUUGUUCAAGCGAACUUUCUCGAUUCAGGAAUUGCCCGAAACCCUUUAACUCAUUAAAUCCUUGAUCUCUCUGCUAACUCAUAAAUUCCCCUCUGCUAAUCCCUAACCUCUCUAAUCCAUUGUUUUCUCCUUUAAUCCACGAAUCUAUUAUGUUUUGCAUUUGUCUACAUGGUAAUCCUCCAAAUCUUCCUAAAUCACCCAUUCCCAUCUAAUUCUUUAUUUCUAGUUUCCCCAUGUCACUUCAAAUCUCUUGAUCUCCCUAUUAAUCCUCUUAUUCGAUUUUAUCCGUCUCUUUUUUCUAAUCCGUUGAUUUCUUUGUUUAUCAUUCGAAUCCCCAGAGUUACCUAUAAUCAACCCAAAACCUUGUCCUGUUAUCCCCAUAAACUCCUUAUAUUCUCUUUACCUUAAAUCCAUUUAUCUUUAAAUUAAUCCUUCUAAACAAUGAAUUCCCUCUUUGCCCGUUCUUUUUCUUUAGAUCGCAUUUUCCCUUCAAACCUUUGUCUCUUUUCACAAAACCCCCAAAUUUCAAUAAACAUCUUAAUUUAACUGCUUAUCUCCUUUUUAUUUCCUCAAAGUUACGUAUAUCGCACUUUCCCCCGCAAACCCAUUAAUAUCUGGUCUCCUCAAAACAAUAGAUAUAUCCGUUAAUUCUGCAUAAGAUUAUAACUCUUUUAAAAACCCAAAUCCGUCAAUAUCUUAGUUGUAUAUUUUAAUCAUGCCUCGUUAUUUCUCCUUCAAAUAAACUUUUAUAAAACCCUACUUCUUAAAACUAUAUCAUAUCACCUGGUCUCAUCCAUCCCUUGGUUUCAUCCACUAUGGUGCUUGUUAUCUAUGUUGAUCUCCAAAAGCUUCGAUUAUAUUUUAUUUCUCAAAUCCCCAGAUAUAUUUUCAAAACCACUAUAUUCCUUGAUAUCUAUGUUAAUCUCUCAAAUUUAUUGUUUCAAUGGAAACCCACCGAUAUUUCUUUUUAUCCCAGAAAUCAUUCAAUAUUAUAAAUCCCUCUUUUUCUGUUUAUUCUCCAGAAACCACUACAACCCUUUAAAACUCUUGAGAUCGCGUUUUAUCGCAUCGGGACCCUUUAUUUCCCUGUUA